UACACACACACACCCUCACAAACACAGGCAGCCAGACCACAACAACGAACAGCGGCGCAGUUAGGGCAGCAUGGAGCUGUAACGAUCUGGGACUGACCGGGACCCGUUCUCCAUCAAAUGAUCCCACUUUGAUUUCAAUUACUUCCCCGAGCUACGUGCGUUUUCCCCGCAACAUGGAGACUAAAGGCUGCUGGCUGCUUCUGGCUGCGUACUUUAUCCUCAUCUGCCAACAAGCUGGAGGAUAUACAUACAGAAAUCAGCGGAAGUUCUCAGAAGACAUUGACUGGUCAUAUGCAGGAACAUUAAACCAAAUAAACUGGGCCAAGAAGUUUCCUUUGUGCAGCAGUGCCAAGCAGUCUCCCAUCAACAUCAACGAGAACCUGGCUCCAGCGAAGCUGCAGUACCAGAAGCUGAGAUUUGAUGGUUGGGAGGGCCUGACAACUGACAGUACAAUAAUCAAGAAUGAUGGCAAGACAGUGGCAGUCAAUGUGGAUGGAGAGUUCUAUGUCAGUGGAGGAGGUCUCAGGUCAAAGUUCAAAGUGGGGCGCAUCACCUUCCACUGGGGGCGCUGCAAUGCCUCUUCAGAUGGUUCGGAGCAUAGUCUGGAAGGAGUAAAAUAUCCUCUAGAGAUGCAGAUCUAUUGUUAUGAGACCAGUCAGUUUGACUCUUUAGAAGAAGCGAUCAAGGCCAGAGGCAGAAUCACGGCACUAGCUGUGUUGUUUGAGACAAGCACUGAAGACAAUAUAAACUAUGCUCCCAUCAUAGAUGGAAUCAACAGCGUGAGCAGAUAUGGAAAGAGUGCAGAGGUGUCACCAUUUACCCUGCAAGGUCUCCUGCCAAACUCCACAGAGAAAUACUUUAUCUACAAUGGGUCCCUGACCACACCGCCCUGCAGCGAGACUGUCGAAUGGAUCGUAUUUAAGAACAAGGUGGCCAUAUCUGAGGAGCAGCUAGAGAUGUUCUGUGAGGUGAUGACAAUGCAACAGGCUGGCUAUGUUAUGCUGAUGGACUACCUGCAGAACAACUACAGGGAUCAGCAGGAGCAGUUUAUGGGUCAGGUGUUCUCCUCCUACACAGGCAUCGAGGAGGUCCGAACACCAGUGUGCAGCUCAGAGCCUGAGAGCAUCCAGGCAGCUCCCCAGAACCUCAGCAGUCUGCUGGUGAUAUGGGAGCGGCCACGGGCAGUGUAUGACGCCAACAUUGAGAAGUACUCCAUCACCUACCGACUGGCCAAUGCAGAAGACUCUGCCUGGUCUGAAUACCUGACGGAUGGAUAUCAGGAUACGGGGGCAAUACUCAAUGACCUAUUGACCAAUUCCACCUACGACGUCCGGGUGGUGGCCAUCUGUACCAACGGUUUGCGUGGACUCAUGAGUGACUUGCUGACAGUUUUCAUGCCCAUCAACGACCCUGAAAACACUCUGGAUCUAGAUUCAGAUGAAAUUGAAUUUGAGAGUAACUAUGUGCCUGACUUGUCCCGGAAUGAGGUGGACCAAAUUGACAACAACAAUUUGGAUUGGGGGACUGCAAACUCACCAAGGACCACAACAUCGGCAUCACCUUUGUUUGCCCUGCCUGGCAUUAAAACCCCUACAAAAAAGUUCAGUGAGAGAACCACCACUGAGCCUACUCCUGCUCUAGUAUCCAGGGAGUCUGGUUACAUUUCAAGACACUCAGAAGAAAUAGAACACAACAGUACUUACUUACAACCACCAGAGGACACUAAGUUGCCAGAAAGCAGAGGGAGUGUAGGCAUUGAGAACAACACUAUCUUCUAUUCUAAAACAGAAGAACCCCUAAAUUUAAGCUCCACCUCUCCUUUCCUCAGAAAUACAAAGACAGAUAGUUUAAACAAAGGCAUACACCAUGAAGGGUCACAUGAAGAAGGAAAAGGUGACUCAAGCCCUCUAGCCUCUGAUACAAAGACAGAAGGCUCAAAAGUUAUUUUUCAAUAUCCAACUAUCAUGACCACAGUGUCAUCCCCCACUACAGACAUGAGCAGUACAUCAUCACUGUCCUCUAUCCAAGCUGAGGCUGAUCAAGGUUCGGCACAAACCAUAAAUGAAGGCAGCACCACUCGUGAAAAUGUUUCCACUUAUCCCAAAGAUUUUCCUGAGGUUCACAUGUCAGCCUCCACCGCCCAGACUUUAUCAUCAACAGAGGCUGUUCAGCAUAGUGACAGGAGUUCCAGCAUGCCUCAUUUUUCAUCCACAGCAUCUUCUGUCAUGCUGGGUGGCAAUGUCGUGCAGACCACACAGUCCCUGUCAAACGGUGAGCGCAGCUCUAUUUAUCCCUCCUCUGCCUUUGCCUCCUCCCCUCUUUGUGACACCUUGGACUCAAGCUUCGCUCCCUCCACUCGCUUGCAUGACCCCUUCUCCCUGUGGCCUGUGUCGUUUGCUAGCACUCCAGACUCCCAGCCUGCUACUACUGGAUUACUGCCUAGCAAAGACCUGACUUCUACUUCAAUCCCUGUCCUCCUUGCUUCCACCCUGCCUCACCUCCCUCACCCCUCGGACUCCCUGUCUGGUCAGAUGACUGACUCUGUCUACUCUGACAUUAGUUUUGGGAAUAGUGAUAAUGAUGUUUUGUUGUCUGGGUCUUCAGGUGAUCUAUCUGUACUUAGUAAUACCCCUCCAAUCAAAACAAUGGUGGAAUUGGCACACACCAGUGUCGCAGCUGAACUGUCCAAAUCUCCCUUGGAUUUUUCCUCCUCAACACUCUCUCUUUCUUUCAGCCCUACCUUGCAGCAUUCGGUUCUUUUUUCUAGUGAAUUCACUUUUUCUGGUGUCACUCUGGGUUUAUCCAAAUCUGCAACGACUGGGUUUGAGGACUCAAUGUAUGCAACAGGGAGCACAACUGAGUCUUUAGUUCCUGAAAUCAGUAGUGACGGGUUACUCCUAGCAAGUGAUGUGGACAUCGUGUGUGGCUGUUCUCUGGAGACAUCAACAUCUUCAUCAUGGUUACAUGCCUCUCCUCAUGUACCACUUCCCUCAUCAGCCAAGAGCUCUACAAGUUUAGAACUUUACUCCAGCAUGAUUCUACUUUCAGCUUCUGGUGUUGUUAUAGAAAACCUUCCAACAUCUCUAGAAGGUUUGGGCUCUCCUGGUCUGUCUUUUGACCACUCUCUGCAAUCCUAUAGUGCUAACUCACUGUCCUCCUCACAGUUUCUCCAAGCUGCCCAUAGUGACCUGCAUCUUUCUGUUACAGCCACAUUGUCUGUUGGUACAGAUUCUGGAUUGUCAGCAUCCGAGAGAAGCACCAACUUCCAAACCUCUUCCCUCCCUUUCCCACUCAACACUUCCCUGUUUACCCCCACUCCUGAGGAGCAGGUGAUAGACUUUAGCAGCAGCACCUCUGGUUCGGCCUUCUUCACUGACUCCCAGGAAGGAGUAGACCAGGAGUGGGAUAAGGGUCAAACCUCCGCCUUUGGAGUAAGCCAGCUUCCUCAUUCAGCCAAAGUCGUGAGCACUGUCCCUCCAUUCAUGACCUUGGAAUCUGGUCAGGGCCCAGAUGAAGUGGAAGAACACUCUUCAGCUUUUUAUUUUGAAAGUGGCAGCGGGAGUGCAUUUCAUCCUGAAGUAGGAGGCAAAGCUGAACCGACUGUUUCAGAGGAGACAUCUGGUUUCCCCUGGUCUCUGGGAGGGACGGACAUUAGCGGCUCAGGGCAAGGCAAAGGCCUCAGUGACAAUGAGACAUCUUCGGACUUCAGUAUUUCGGAACGCCCAGAAAUAGAGUCUGAGGAAGAAGAACCAGUUGCAGAUGCCAGUAACAGCAGCCAUGAGUUGAGGGUUGGCUCCUUGAGUGAGAAAGAGAGGAAGGCUGUGCUUCCUCUGGCUGUCAUUUCCUCCCUCACUCUGCUUGGCCUGUUUGUUCUCAUUGGCAUCUUCAUUUACUGGAGAAUGUGUUUCCAGACGGCUCACUUUUACAUUAACAACAUGUCAUCACCCCGAGUCAUCACGCAGUCUGCUGGUGCAUUAACAUCUGAUGAGAACACAGUUUUUCCAGUGGAGGACUUUGUCAAACAUGUUGCCGAACUUCACAGCACUCAGGGCUUCCAGCCAGAAUUUGAGACACUGAAAGAGAGUUAUGAGGAGGUGCAGGCAUGCACAGUCGACAUGUGGAUGACCACAGACAGCUCCAACCAUCCUGAUAACAAGACUAAGAACAGAUACAAAAGCAUCUUGGCCUAUGACCACAGCCGGGUCCAACUUUCUCCACAAGCCAACGCAGAUGGAAAAACAACAGAUUAUAUCAAUGCUAACUAUGUGGAUGGUUAUAAGAGGCAGCGGUCAUACAUUGCUGCUCAGGGCCCUCUGAGGUCCAGUACGGAAGACUUCUGGAGGAUGAUCUGGGAGCAGAAUGUCCACAUCAUUGUCAUGAUCACCAACCUGGUAGAAAAUGGACGGAGAAAGUGUGAUCAGUACUGGCCAGCGGACGUGCAGGAGGAAUACGGGCAGUUCCUUGUGACUAUAAAGAGUUCCAAAGUCCAAGCUUACUACACACAGACGACAUUCAUUGUGAGGAACAUCCUCACCAAAAAGAGCUCAAAGAAGGAGUGGAGCAACGAGCGAACAGUGACACAAUACCAGUACACCCAGUGGCCCGAUAUGAGUGUCCCAGAGUUGUCUCUGCCUCUUCUCAGCUUUGUCCGCAAGUCAUCCAGAGCCAAUACAGACAAAAUGGGCCCAAUAGUGGUGCACUGCAGUGCUGGGGUUGGUCGGACAGGCACAUAUAUCGUCCUGGAUAGCAUGCUGAAACAGAUGAGGGACGAAGGAGCAGUCAACAUUACAGGCUUCUUGAAGCACAUCCGCACUCAGAGAAACUACCUGGUUCAGACUAAGGAACAAUAUGUUUUUAUCCAUGAUGCUUUGGUGGAAGCCAUCUUGUGUGGAGAGACUGAGGUAGUGACAGCCCACCUGCACAGAUAUGUGGAUGAGCUGCUGACUCCAGGGCCUUCUGGGAAGACACUCCUGGGCAAACAGUUCAAACUGAUAUGUCACACUGAAGUAAAUAAGGAUGACUUCUCCACCGCUUUGCAGGACAACAACUCUAACAAGAACAGAGACUGCUCUGUGAUACCUGCGGAGAGGUCGCGAGUGCAUCUGUCUCCAACGGCUGGAGAGACGUCAGACUACAUCAAUGCCUCAUACAUCACUGGCUACAGACUAUUUAGAGAGUUCAUCAUUACCCAGAAUCCUUUGCCUGACACCAUAAAGGACUUUUGGACUAUGAUAUGGGAUCACAAUAUCCAGGUCAUCAUCUCACUGCCUGGGACAAAGGAGGAGGCAGAGCUUUGUGCCUUCUGGCCCAGCAAUGAGCAAUCCUUCAGCUUCACGAUGUUCACUGUCAUCAAGAGGAGUGAGGCCCACAUCUGUCUAUCCAAUGAGGACAUGCUGGUGGUCCGGGAAUAUACACUAACUGCAGCAAAGGAUGACUUCAUUCUUGAGGUAAAACAUUUCCUCGCCCCGUGCUGGCCAAACCCUGACAGUCCCAUUAGUAACACCUUCGAGCUCAUCAGCCUGGUGAAUGAAGAGAGAGCGGGCAAGGACUGCCCAACUGUGGUCCAUGAUGAUGUGGGCGGAGUCACAGCAGGAACGUUCUGUGCUCUGUCUUCCCUGAAGCAGCAGCUGGAUGCUGAGGGCUCAGCUGACGUAUUCCAAGCAGCCAGACUGAUAAACCUUUUGAGACCGAGAGUCUUCGUUGAUGUUGUAAGUCUCCAAGAGAACUACCAGUUCCUGUAUAAAGCCAUGCUGAGUAUCAUCGGGACACAAGAAGAUGAGAAAACAUUCCUGUUCUCCGGAACCACCACUGACAGCCUUGAAUCUCUUGUUUAAAAAAAGGCCUUAUGAAAACAAGUUGUUCUUUAUGUUCUUCAAGCAUGAAUAGAAUCUCUGUUGACAGACUUUUGUGAUAUUCCUCUUUGUGCAGGACGUUCUGUGCUUUCUAGUUUAAGACGGGCACAUUCUUAACAAGUUUGCUGAAUUUGGACUCUUCCUGCUUUUAUAUUGUGUGUCUUUUGUAUUCUUUCUCUUGUAGUUUAAACUUUGUUCCAUUUUGUACAUUGACUGUCCAAUGUUUUAAUAUACUGGCAUGAGAAUUUGUACUAAACUCUUUCUAAACAUUAUAUUUAUUGGCACUGAGCCUAACGAUGGAAUCUGCACUUUUUCACAUCAGAUGUUCUUUUCCACUGGAAUCUAUUCUGUGAAUACAACUGCAACAGUAGCAAAAGUGUGCUAAACAAGAUCAGGAUGUGGAAUAAAACAAUCAAAUGUAAAUAAUAAUAAUAUGGUAAAUCACCUUGAUGAACCAAAUUUCUAUUUAUACUUCUAGAUUUUAUAUUUUUAGUGCAUUUAAAUGGUUUGAUUCUGACUGUUUAGCUGAAGAUGUGUUUCUAUUCAGUUUUGUAACAGACUAAAUGUGUUGCAUAAGUGUAGUUUUUUAGUUGCAUGUCAAACAUUGCGGGAUUCUUAGUUAGGGGAUUACAUUGAUUAAAUGAAAGAACUGCAAACAGAAAGCUUGUUGAUUCAUUAAUGUGUUUAAAGUAUUGUCUAGUUGUUUAAAAGUGGAGGUGUUUUGAGAACCUAUGAGCAGUUGGUAUCCUGCAUUAUGUAACUAUCUUCACAUCUUUUAGAAUAAACAGAUUAUUUUUCUAAAAGACUAAAUCUAAGGGCUAGUGCAGGAAACGAGCUAAUCUCUCUGCAGACCAUACACAUAUUGGACACAAAAAAAAACUUCACACUUCUAUCUCCAGGCGGGCGAUAAACCCAAUAAUCAUAUAUUAAUAUGGAUAUUUCUACAGAUAUUCUAGCCAGUCCCACACCUGCAUGUCUAUGUGUAGAUAGAUAUAGAUAUAUUAGGAGUGUAACAGUACAUAUAGUUCAUAUGACUGUAUGGGUUUAAAUCACACAGUUUAAUAAAAUGCUUUCAUUUUUU